GAGCAGUGUCCUGUGAAUACCGAUAGGUCCAAAACGGGACUGCGUGAGAUCGGUAACUUGAAUGACUUGCACGGUGCAUCACAACAUCAAUGGUCUGAGGUCAUCAAGUUCAGCAGAGAUUAGAUGCUUAGUCAUGCUGCAAAAACCUAAAUGCAGACAGUUCUAUUCCAAAACGAAGCUGCCCUGAAGAUUAAAAGCUGAAAGAAAAAACCACUUGAUCUGUUAAUAGUAAUAUACUGACCAUGGAGGAUAAUGCUGAUAAGCUGGAAUUAUCAGUUCCACAUAUUGGUCAGUGUAACAGCUGGGACUGUGGCCUUGCAUGUGCAAGAAUGGUUCUGUGGUACUGCCUCCCAAAUGGUAACCUUUCUGACUUUGAAUACCAGUGCAAUGCUGUUGGAUUCUAUCAAAGCAUUUGGACUGUUGAUUUGGCAUACCUUAUGCGGCGAUAUGGUCUCAGGCAUAGCAUGCAUACACUGACCAUUGGCGUUGACUCCGGAUUUUCCAAAGUUCGGUUUUAUAGUUCUUCAAUACAAGAAGAUGAAGCGCGAGUGACAACGUUGUUUGCCAGGGCAGCACAAAAUGGAGUCUUUGUUGAGAAAAGGGAAGUGCCGUUGGAAGAGGUUUUGUACCAGCUGAGCAUGGGCAAUCCGGCAAUAGUUCUUGUGAAUGCGAGACUGCUCCGCUGUGUUUGGUGUAACAAGUGUACGUACUGUUUCAUGCACUACUGUAUGCGAAAUUCCUAUGAUGGUCACUUCAUAGUGGUGUGUGGGUACAACAAGGCAGAAAGGUUACUCCUCUACAAAAACCCAGCUACCAGAGAUGGACUGUGUGCUAUGACCUACGACUCAUUUGAGGAAGCUCGACAUAGCUAUGGAACGGACGAGGAUAUACUGUUUGUACACAAACCUCUGAGUUAGCAGGAGGGAACGGCAGGUUCAUGAAUUGAAAUUAUUUCUGUUUAUAGUAUUUAUAUGGUCAUUGUCCAUAGUAAUCAUUGUUUAAUGAUCAAUAUAUUAAUUAACGUAUUGCAAUAAUCAUUUUAAUGUUGUUUAUGUGUCUAUAAUAGGCAACGGCAGUAAUUAGGUUUUCAAGUAGAUGGAAAUAAAUCAUCUGACGGAA